GAUUCCCAAAUUCAAUUCCUCAUUACUAGUCCUCAUUCCAGCCAUUCCUCAUUCUAUGGUGUGUUGUCGUUUAACGAAAAUUUUGUAUUUUUUUUCGCCAUAACUUUUUAUCUCAUUCGCAUUUCUAAAUAAUCAAUUACGCCAAACGUGUAUAAUGUAUUUUCAUGUUAUGUUGUCCGAGUCUGGUUAUGUUAUUAUUGGUUAGUAUUUAAUACUAGUGCACUUGUCCUGACUUGUGUUUGUUGCAUGGGGUGAUUAUCGUUUAUAACAAAAAUCAAAAUCCGUGGUUUUGCUUCGAUUUCGUUUUAUUCGGAAAUGUAGACUCGAGUGGCUGAAAUGUGGCCAAAAAUAGUUGUCUCGGUGGUUGCUUUUAAAAUUAUGUGCAGCAUCGUUGAUGCAUCUUCAAAUUCCAACAAGAAAAUACCUUCUCUACCUUAUUGUCCUAACAAAAAUCGUUCAGGGGCUGUCUUAGUCGGUACUUUAGAUGGCAAAUUAUCAGCUAUCAGUUCUUCUGGAAGUUUAUCCUGGCAAAUUGAAACUGGUCCUGGCCCAUUAUUAGUUUCAAACAUUCACAAACUUGAGCUCACCAAUAACGGAGAAUGGAUAAGGAUUAUUCCAUCAUUAACAGGAACUUUGUAUAAAUUCGAUGGCAACACAAUAGAUCCAAUAUCAAUAUCUGCAGAAGCUUUAUUGAGGUCUUCGUUUCGAUAUUCAGAUGAUCUUGUCAUAGCAGGUGGUAUCGAAGUCCGCACUUACGGUGUAAGUUUUCAUACUGGUAAAUUAGUUUAUGAAUGCACCCAAAGCAAGUGCUCCAAUCAUGAGAAAGAAGAAAUGGCUGAUAUUAUGGUUGUUGAGCGGAGCACUCAGACUAUCAGAGCUGUUGAGCCAAGAACUGGCAAUGAAAGAUGGAAUUUUAGUGUUGGCCUUCACAAUGUUAAGCUCCCACAAGUAUCCUGCAUUGACACAAAAGUCUUCGAUGCCAAUAUCAGUGCUGUAAUCCCAGAAGGACUACUUUCGGUUUCUUCCAUGAAGAAUAAUAAAGAACAAAGCUGGCAGUAUAAAUUCCAGUCCCCAAUUGUCAGAGUUUGGAAAUGGGAUGGCAUUGCACUUACCGAGAUCAAUCUGUUUGAGUCCAAAAAUAUGCCUGGACUGAUUGCCUCUCCGAAUAUUAUGCCUUCAAUUUAUAUUGGUAUGCAUAAAAAACAGCUCUAUGUUCAUGAAUCCCUAAAAAUGCAACAUCUAUUACAAGGUCGACCACACACCCAAUUAAUACCAGCAGAAAGUCAUAGUAUUGCAAAAAUUCCUUGGAAACCUGUAGCAGCAUCUACAGAGUCUACAGAAGACGAUUCUACAGCAUUAUCAGUUUUAAAUAACUCUGAAUAUGUCAAUGGUAAUGGAUAUUACUUGUAUUCUGAGAGCGAAUUGGAAGUAAAAAAUAAUGCACAUUGUGAUAAAAAUGAUACCAUUAUUAUAAAUAAAACAAAUCCAGAGGUCACAGUUGUUAGGGAUGAAGUUGUUAAUACUGGAAUAUUUACAUACCUUGGAACAUAUGGCAGAUAUUACAAAGAAUUUCUCAUGAUGGUGGCAUCCAUCAUGCUAGGUCCAAUCCUAUUAUUUAGAGUUUGGAAUAAAAGUCAGCCAAACGCCCAAGAAAUAAUUGUUGUGGAAAAACCGGUGGAAGCAGAAAUUAUUCGUCCUGAAAGGCAAAUUUCUGAAAAAAGUACAGAAGGGUUCACCUCAAGAUUCGAAGCCGAUUUUACUUUAAUUGAUUGUUUAGGAAAAGGCGGCUUUGGAAUUGUUUUCCGAGUGAAGCAGAAAUAUGAUGAUUGUGAUUAUGCUAUUAAGAGAAUCACAUUGAAUGAGAAACAAUCUAGAGAUAAAGUCAUGAGGGAAGUUAAAACAUUGGCAAAAUUGGAGCAUAAAAAUAUAAUAAGAUAUUUUUCAUCUUGGGUGGAGCGUCCCCCAUUAGGAUGGGAACAAGAACAUGAUAAAAACUGGGUCGAAGAGUCUUAUUCGGGUGUCACUUCAGCGAGAUCAACAGAUUUAUCUCCCAAAAAAAGGGUGAAAUCAUUCUCCAUAAGCAUUGAUAUUCCACUUUCAAAACCAGCAGAUCCAAGCUUUGAUACCGAGAGUUAUUCAAGUGAUUCAAGCGAAGAUAUCGUUUUUGAAAAUAUUGAAACUUCUAACAAGAGCAAAGAUAACAUUACUCUCAAAAAUGAUGAUGAUGACUCAUUUAUUGUUUUUGAAGAUGAAGCUUCAAGCAAAAGCCUCACCACAGAGAUGAGCGGUUCUGAUGAUAGAAAUGAUACAAUAGUGGCAACAGAUGCUUUAUCGAUGUCAAAUCAUUUGAAAAAAAAAAUCAACUGGAAAAGGCCUGGAAGAAAACAUCAUUCCUGGGAUUCAAGUCAAAAUGCCGUCCCGAUAAUAAGAAAUCCACCAAUGUAUCUCUACAUUCAGAUGCAGCUGUGCCAGAAGGAGAGCUUGAAAGAAUGGUUGAGUUUAAACAAAACCAGAGAGCUUACUGAUAUGCGUGAUAUUUUUUUACAAAUAUUAGAUGCUGUUGAGUAUGUACAUUCGAAGAAUCUUAUUCAUCGGGAUCUCAAGCCCAGCAAUAUUUUCUUUUCACUAGAGGGUCAAAUCAAAGUGGGAGACUUUGGAUUGGCAAAAGAUAUUGAAAAUUUGUACGACUUAGAAUUGACCCGGCGAUCUACUGCUGGUUCUUACAAAGGACACACAAAAGACGUCGGUACCACUCUGUAUAUGAGCCCGGAGCAAUCCAAUGGUCGUAUUUAUGACAAUAAAGUCGACAUUUAUGCAUUGGGCGUGAUUUUAUUCGAGCUUUUGGUGCCAUUUUCCACUGAUAUGGAACGUAUAAUAACUUUGACUGAUAUCAAAACCCAAAAAUUCCCUAGUGGGUUUUCUGAUCAUUAUCCUGCUGAGUAUGAUCUUGUUCGAAAUAUGCUCGAUGAGAAUCCAAACAACAGAUUGACAACCAGUGAAAUCAGGAACAGAGAUCCAUUAAGUUUUAGAAAAUAAGCAGCAAUUUAUUAUUGAGAAUUCCAUAUUUGGAAUUUGAAUCUUUUUUUUUUUAAUUAUUAUAUUUUUUUAUGCAGUAUUUGAACAAAAAAAAAAUCGUUGCACUUACAUGAAAAAUUAAUCAAAAAAAUAGUUCAAUGAUGCAGCAUCCUUUUCUUAUUUUUCUGAUAUGCAGGAAAAGUUGUGAUUAUUCCAGUAAUAUUCUUUAGGUAUAUUUUAUAGUUCUACUUUUUUUUCUGGUAAAUUUUAUUAUUUGCCAGGUCAAUUUUUUGAUGUUUAAUCUUUAUUUCGACUGUUAAAAUAGGCUAAGACAAUUCAGAAUGUGAUACAUAUUGUGUUUGGAGGUCUAAAACUCCAUCUCAUCUAAGUAUUUAAAGUUAGGUAGUUUAUGUGAAGCAUAUACGUUUACAUUUUUUAUUACAUGUAAGUUUGUCUUACUUUGACUUAUUGAAUAAACUAUUAAUUUUUGUAA